AUGAAACGGCCGUAUAAAAGAAGACCAUAUCUGAUCAGCGGCAUGGCGGAACAAGCAACCGAUCUGGUAGCUUUAGCUCGCGAAACCAACGCUCAGGCAACGAAUCCAGGUGGGUCGGAAGAUGUGGACUUUGCACAUCAAGCAGCGGACGGUACGAAUACACUGGUGGAUGUUGUGAAAGAGGAGAUCACUGAACAAACGGAUCCGGGUGUCGAUCGUGCAUCGGGCGGAUGUUUUUAA